AGAUUGAUUAAAUAUCGGAAUUCAAUAUGGCUUCCAUUAGUAAAUUGGCUCUGUGGUGUGCUUUGAUUUUAAUGUUUACUUUCACCAUUCUGGUUUACAUCUCUCCGUCACGACCAUCCAUCCAAUCAUCAGUACUUGCUAGAAUAACAGAUCGGAUACACCCUGAAGGAGUCUUUUCAUCCCAUACAACAAAUAAAGGACGAGAACAUGAGAAUGAAUCAUUAGCUGUACAUGUGGACAUUGGAUCAUCGAGGGAAGAAGCAAGCUGGAACUCCAGCAGAUUUCUGAAAAGUUCUUACUCAAACGAUGUGGCUUUCAUGAAUGCACAGAGAGAGAUUCAGAAACGUCGUCAGUUUAACGUGAAGCGAGUUUGUAAGAAAUAUCACCCAAAUCCUGAGGCAGACAUGGCAAAACAUCCACCUUGGAAUAUCCUUGUUGAUGACAAACAUAAGCUAAUGUACUGCUAUGUUCAGAAGGUUGCUUGUACUAAUUGGAAGAAAGUGUUCUUAGUACUGAGUGGUCAGUACAACUCAACAGAAAGCAUUCCACAGUUUUUCACCAAUCGUCAGGGGGCUAAGAGUCUCAAAUCUUUACAGUCCUACCCUGAAGAAGAACGAAGACACAUCCUUAAGACUUACACAAAAUUCAUGUUUGCCAGACACCCAUUUUCCCGUGUUUUGUCGGCGUACCGGAACAAACUCGCACCAGAUAGUACCUUCACUCGGGCAGGAAAGUGGCAAAAGAGAAUUGGUACCAAGAUUAUUAGCAUAUUCCGUGAGGAUGCUGAGAAGGCGCGCGCUUCAAGGGAAAAUUUUAACUCGAGCAAAUACGACCUUUCAUUUGGUGAAUUUGUCAAGUUUAUCUACACCCCACAAGGACAAAAGAAUGGCAAUAAGCAUUGGAGGGAUUUACAUAUAAGUUGCCUUCCGUGCAUGAUAAAUUAUGAUGUUAUAGGUAAGAUCGAAACACUUGAGGACGAUGCACGGUAUAUCUUGAAAAUCAGUGGGGCAGAUAAAGUCGUAAAAUUUCCAUCAGCGGAAGGUAGUUCACCAACCAACAGUUCUGAUCCUUACCUUAUACAAAAGUACUUCACAACUCUACCACAUGAUGACAUUACAAAUCUAUAUAAUCGCUACUUGAUUGAUUUUCUUAUGUUUGAUUACCAUGCCACUGUGGAUGAUGUGCUUGAUGUACGGUAGCAACAGAUUGAUCAGAGCUUCUUUUUUAUAUAAACAACAUUUAACCUACUAACUACAAUUGAUAAUGCACUAGGUUGUACUUCAAGACUUCAUUAUGUGCCCUUUACUGUGUCAAACACACACCUUUUUUUAUGAACGAGUUCAUUAUAGCAACUCUUGUCAGAAUCACUUUUGAUAUAAAAAUUUGUAUUUUUCAUUUUGAUAUGUGUACCACUCUACUGCAAAAUUUACAUAAAAUUCACCAUUUUAAGAUCCUGGUUGAUUUAUUUCUUGAUGAAAGGUGAUAGGACAUGUUAUUUAAUUUGUUUUGGCAAAUUUUUUAUACUUGCCUUGGUCCAGUGUUGUACAUCUCAGCAGAUUUCUCCUUAUGAAAUAAUAAUUGGACAAUGGGAAAUAGUAACUUCAGGACGUUCCUCAACUAUGUGUGUGCGCAUCAUGAUCUGCACAUAUUUUACCCUAUGCGCAUUGACGUCACAAUGGAUGAACAGGUGAUUGAUCAGCUAUAGAUAUCAGCUGAUUUUUCACAUGAUCUGCAUUCUAACUAUAGGUCUGAUAUGUUAUUUUAUAAAGCUAAUUAGCUGAAAAUAAUCAAUGAACCUUUGUUUUUUUAUAAUACUACUACAAUUUCCGAAUACUUUACUCUGAAUUGCUGCAAAGUAUUACAACUAUGACCUUGAGUUCGAAUAAAUGGUAGAGUGGUUUGGAAUUUUUCCUCUCAUAGAUACAGAGCCUUUGGCGCAUUUUGAAUAGCACCCUAGCUCAAACAAAAAUGCUGAUAGUUUGAAAACAAGCACAUAAACCCCCAUUUUUUUAAUGUUUAUACUGAUUAAGUACACCUUUCUCUACAAGCUUGCAAAUUUUUGUGAAAAUGAGACAGAUUUUGAAUAAACUGCAGCAUUUAUUGUACUUCUCAGAUUUGUAAUAAAAAUUUCAACUUUUUGAGAUUAUGUUUUUGUCAUCUUUCACACCAUGUUAGAGAAAUGGAAGUGCUGCCAGCCUUAAAGGCACAAAAACGAAUAGCAAUGUGAAUAAAUUUUCUAUCUCCAGUAUACAAUUCUUAACUAUACUGUAAAAUUUGAUGAAACUUACAUUGAUUUUGACUUGGUAAUAGAGGUUUAACCUCAACGAAAUGAUCUAGGGUCUAAAAAUGCCAAAUUCUUUUGAAUGCACAAUUCUCGAAAACCUCCAAUUGGAUGAACUUCAAAGCUCAAUAGUAAAAAAUCAAGCACAGGAACCCAUGUUAUUUUUUUGCGUAUAUGAAAUAUUCAGGUGCUGAAGUAUUUCUGUGCAAAAUAACAUGGAUUUCAUUUAAACUGUGGAACGUCCUUAAAACAAAGUGAAUGUUUGAUUGUUGCAUGCUAUGCAUGUACUAUUUUUAUCCCUUAUAGGGCUGUGGGACCUUAGAAGUACUUGUAAGGGGAUAGAAACAGGCCUCGUGUGAUAAAUGGUUUCUAAUGGACAUAGCUCAGGUAUUGAUAUAGAUUAUGUAAAUUAAUCAAUAUUUAAGUGUUUCGUAUUAUGUACCUAUUUUUACAAAAGUCAUUUAGUGAGUUGUAAAGAUGCUUUCCUCUUUGAAGUUGAACCAUCAGCUAUACAUGAGAUGAUGAAAUACUGAUGGCAACAGUAUUAAAUGAAAUCAGUACCUGAUAAUUUCAAAUAAUCAUUGACCCCCCCCCC